GGUGUCCGCGAUCACAACCACCCCCCAGAAAAAUGCAGGCACAUACGUAAAGAGCUCGCUAGACGGAACUUGACUCAUCUCUUCCACCCUCCACCAUCUCACUCGCCGUCGUCGUCUCAUCGCCGGAGACGCCAGACUCGGUCUCGAACGACAAGCUUGCAACCGGCUUGCUGUCCGUCCCGUCUUAACCCGUUCUUGCAGCUCGGCUUGGGCGUGUGCUCUAGCCCCAGACUCCAAGGACCGCGACUGGAUCCCAGGGACAGCCAGGCCCUCACAUCUUCAAAUACCAGGGACCGCGACCGCAUCUAUCAACCUUCCCCAUCAUGAAAAGCUGUCUACGAGCCCCUUCUCAGCCGGGAUCACCCGUACCCGGCUAUCGCAAAUGUGUCGCAUUCGGUGGUGAAGGUUCAGAGGAGAUACAUUGGGCCGAUGAGUGGGACAGAACGCCCACGGCACCGGCGAAGAAACUCACAUUCCAAGAAUUAAUGGAGCUUGAGGAAAUCCGUUCCUCGCUGCCCACCGCUAUGAAUCCCUUCGGCAUACGCAAGAGAGAGCUCUUAUCUCAUGUCCCUAUCGGACUGCUCCCACUCGCAUCGCCCGACAACACUCCCAUGUCACCGCCCUCCACACCAGUGGCCUCGCCGCCACCUCAAUCUUUCCCUCCAGGGCCAGCACCCCCACCAUUUUUCAUGCCUCCCGGCCGCGCACGCUCGCCCUCCGUGACACGUCUCGCCUCUCCCGCGCUCUCUCAUCUCCGACCACCCGCCCCCGUUCCCGUGCGCCCGAUUAAGAACUUUACGUUCCUCCCCGUUUUGGGACCGGCUUCGCCGACGUUCGAGCCUCCCUCUCCGUACAACUAUCCACCGUCAGUCCCGUCGUCCCCGUCGUACACGCCCGCCCGCUCCGCCGCCGACGGCGAGCCAGAUCGUGUCUUUCCAUCCCCCGCCUCACGCCAGCUGAUCCCCAAUUCGGGGACUGCCGUGCACGGCAAUUACAACUAUGAGUCUGCCUACCGCGCCGCAGAGUCCGCUGCGUACUCUCCGCCGUUCGGAUCCAGUGCGUACGACUACAAAAAGGACCACAAGGGCAUGCUGGAGAACGGCAGAAAAGAGGCACUGGUGGGCGCUGCCAGUGCCGGUGCCGUCGCCGGUCCCUCGAAGACGAAGGGACGGAGAAAGAAGACGAGCGUCAUGGUCAUUAAUGACAUGGAGAUCGAGAUUGAGGAGGACGAAAGCGAGACGGAUUCGGAGGCCGAGCUGAGCGUGUCGCCGCCGGCUAUGACACCCCUGCCACCCCCGACAAUACCUAUCGCCUCGAAGCCGCCCCCUCCGAUAUCGAUAGCCAAGACCAGUCUGCCUCAGGAGCCGCCAACGUCUCCCCGUCUGGCGCUUAUCAACCGCCCGUUAUCGCCCAUCCUGACCCGUCCCGGCUCUCCGUCGUGCCGGCCUGUUUCUCCCCUGACGGCCACCGGAGGCCGGGCGAUGUCCCCCGUCCAGGCGCGGGCCAGCUCUCGGCUGGUGCGCGCGUGACAGCCUGCCACGUUGACCCCUCAUACUGACUGUUAUCUAUAAUGCUAGAGCCUUGGUUUCCCACUAGAUCUCUUGACACUGGAUGUGACUUAGAUCAAUAUAUACGUAUUAUCCAAGCAUACAGCUCGCCAGUAAUGUCUAUCUCUCCUCGUCUCUGUUUUGGGCUUCUGGGACUCGGGCACUGUAAUUUAACUGCAUCCCACUUCAGCGUCCUGUUUUCGGAAUCAGUCCCUGCGUCGAAGCAGCGCCGUCCUUUCGUUUCCGGACGCAAAGUUUGUCAGGCGCGCAGAAAUGCCGCAGGAACCAAGCCCAGAACCGCAGAACAUCCUGCACUUGGGAGUGUGAUUACGUGCUCAAGCGUUUUAGUGUUUGGGUUGGGGAUUCGCGAACCGCGCCUUCCCUGAAAUUUAGUACAUAUACUUACUUCCAGCUGCUCGCAGGGCUUGCACAGCAUGGGCCUGUUCUCGCUCCUCGUACUAGUCGCCGCCGCCGCUGCACCAGCGGCCAAAGCAUCAGAUCCGUGCACGCUGGCCACCACGGCGACCUGGGUGUCGAGCAGCAUCGCCCAUGCCUGCGAGCUUAGCGUGCCGUUCAAUCAGACCCGCAGUCUGGCGGUCAUGGACUCGGUGCUGAAAGCCCUGCCGUACUAUUCGCUUGAGACGUGGUUCGAGCGCUCCCCGAAUCCGCUCAUUCCACAUGCCGUGGAUCUCCGCUCGUUGUUGCAAGACGUCCAGCACACGGCCGCCCAAGGCGGAAUGGCUGGAUACCAGACAGACUGGGAUUUCAACAUUGCCGUGUCAGAGGCUUUCAAUCGCGAGCAGGACGGACACACGAGUUUCGUGGCUUCGUGCACCCAAUCUUUCAGCUGGAACCUGCCCUUCUCGAUUGCGUCCCUAGCGGACAGCCCCUCCAACCAGACUACAUAUCCCGUCUUCCUCGCCAACUACGACUUUCCGAACCAAAACCGGUCGGGGCUGGAGGAGUACUUCCAGGGCCUGAAUGUGUCUGUGCGGGAAUUCGACGGCGCGCGCAUCCUGUCGAUUGACGGCGUCGAAGCGGGCCCGUAUCUGCUUGAUCUCGCGGCGAACUCGAGUAUCUACGACGGGCUGCAAGGCGCCUACGAGACGCUGGAUCCGAGGUACAUGCGCCUGAUGUCUCGAUACUCGGCGGACACCGAUUCUGGACUGUUCACGCAGGAGCUCGGCAAGUUUGCGCAGAGGAUGUUCUACCCCGGCUCGGACUCCGUAACCGUGGAGGUCCUGCUGGCCAACGGCACAAGCCAGCUGCUGACAGUGCCUUGGGCUGCGAGUUUCGUUGGCGCAGAUCUGUCGUUCUGCAGCGACAUCUCGGGAGAAACCCGUCGCCGCGGGCUUUUGCGACAGCCGUCGAGAUACCAACGCAGGAAGGCGGUGGUCGCACCAGACACGCAAGCAGAGAUCCGCACAAAACAGCACACGCCUGUCCACCCAAACUACGUCCAGCCCAACCUCACAUCGUUCGGCCAUUUCCUCACGCUCGACAUCUACCAAUUGCAGGAGCACAAGCAUGUGGGUGUUGUCUAUCUCGAGCAAUUUGAGCCGCCCGCACAGCACGAUUACCAAACGUACUCUGAUGGGAUUUCAAAAACGAUCCACAGCGGACUGGUGGAGCUGAAGAAGGCAGGCGUCAGACACAUCUUGCUCGACGUGUCUGGCAAUCGCGGCGGCUUCAUCUCUACGGGCGCCCUCGCAUUGCGGACGCUGUGGCCCAAAGACCGGUACCCGGGAUUCCCUGCGGUGUUUCGAGUGAGCGACUUGAUCAGGCGGGAGGCAGAGUGUGCUUCGGAGCAGAACAACUCAGAUUCGGAGUACUUUUUCGGAAACUACCUGUCGGGGCGAAACGAGCGGCUCACGUCCAAUGCGCAGUUCAUGGAUCCCCCCGUAAAGCAAAUCGUCAACGGCAUCCCAGACGCAUACUCGCACCCCAUCUUGGACAACUUCGAUUCCAUCGCGAAGACGUUUGACGAGCCCCCAUUCGCGGACGGCGACUACGUGAUCGUCUCAAACGGCAUCUGUGCAUCGACAUGCUCGAUCUUCACCAGCUACCUCUUCCAGAAACACGGCGUCCGCUCUGCCGUCUUUGGCGCGCAGGCCGAGAAAUUUGAGUUCGACGGAGGCAUCAAGGGGUCCGAGAUCACGUCGCUGGAUGACAUCCUCUCCGAGCUAGAUACAGCGGAUUUAGCAGAUGACCCAGCCGCCCCGCAGGCGCUCCCUGUGAGUGCGUCCCUCACCCUCAAUUUCCGAAACGCGAUCCCGUAUGAGGAUGAGACCGAGGACAAGAUCUUGGAAUUUGUGUGGGAGCAAGGGACAAAGGGGUACCAAUACACAAAAGAGAUGUUCAACAACCCCGAAAGGGUGUGGGAAUUCGUCGCGGGCGAGUUCUUUGGGUAGAUUAUGUUAUGUUACACGGACAGACUUUUUAGUUAGGCUUUGACUCACAGCAAUUAAUGCCUCCACCGGACUUGGUGCCCGCCAUCCAUCAUCGGCUCGACGAAUCCACGAAAAAUCCAAUCCGGAUCCGGCUGCGAAGGUCCGGCACCUUCCGAGUCCUCGAGCAGGCUCCGAUCCUGCGACCAGCGCAUGCCGUACCCCUCCGCGACGCGCACCUCGUACACAAGCACUUGGUGCGGGAGCCAGUGCAGAUUGCGCCACGUCGCAUUGUCCAUGACGCGCCAGAACAGCGUCACGGCCCUCUCGUUCUGCACGGCGACGGGGCCGGCAGCGGUGCCCCACCACCCCGAUGGCGGCGGCGCGGAUUUCGCCGUUGAUGCGCGUUCGGGGCCAUUCGAGGGAGUGGGAGACGAUGUGGGUGCGGGGCUUGGAGGAGCUGAGGCCCGGUGUGCGUGCUUCGACCAUGCGCGAGCACCUGUCGUCAGUCCCACGGAAUUGGGGACGGUGAAUGCUGCAAGGCAAGCGUCUAUGGACGGUGGGGUGGAUCCGAGGGCCGAGCCAACCGUGUAUGCUAAGCUUUGAGGGUGCAGAAGAGAAGCGAGGCGAAGAAGAAGCGUUCGCAUAGGUAAGAAACAGGUAUACGGGAGGCGAACCCUAGUGUGAGGUGCGUCGAAAGCGGAUCUCCGGGACUAUCGAUAAGCGAGGAGAGUUUCGACCGCUCAAGAGAAGCUUCUGGGUGCUCCUGCAUUCCAAAGCAGUGCGGUAUUGGUGGCAACGACGAGCUCAUGGCCCAGAUGAAGGAGUAAGCAAGAGGGAGAGAUGAUGGACGAUGAACAGCCACAUGAUGUCAUCAAAAUAGCCAGUUCAACGAUUUGCUGCCCGCGCUUUGUUUGCGCUCUGACCAAAGCAAGCGUGGUUGCCUGCAUGAUCAAGCCCCGAGUGAUAUCAAAGCCAUUUCCCAAGCGCACGACGCUUGGACACAGUAUAGCACGCUUUGACUGAACAAAAAUUCACUAUAAGUAUUUACCACUGCCGUGCAUGUGAACCAAGGAAACACCCGUCUAUCGUUGCAGUCGAGCCAUGAUCACCACUGCACUCAUUCUUUCUCUCAUCCUAUUCACUUUUUUUGCUGCCUACCUGAGAAUGGCCGCGCUCGAGGAGGAGAUCCGGAUCUUAAAGGGAGACAGCCGCAACCACAUGCUGCGCAUUCUCGAACUCGAGAGUUGGAGCUAUCAUUCGAAAUAUGAUGAGCAAGCACACCUCGAAAUCCAGUCAAGCGAAAGCUUUGCUUACACACUGAAGGCAGACUACUAGUCCCUUGGAUGUUCAAGCUUGGAUGUUCAAGAUGUCCAGCAGAUGCACAAUACAGAUCGACUACAUUUUUCCCGA